UCAGUUCACACUCGUUCGCCAUUUGUAUCCUCAGAGUAUCUGCCUGUAUUUAUCUUGCCUUUGAUCUAUUUUUGGUCCCAGUUGCACUCAUCCAACUGGAUUUUGGUAGAUGCACUCUGUGUCACUGCAGCACACAGACACACACACACACUGAACAAAUAGUCAGUGGUGGAAGAAGUAUUUAGAUAAUUUUAAGUAGCAAUAUAGGCCUACAUUAUAUACAACAAUAUAAAAUUACUCCAUUAUAUUUGAGUAAAAAGUAAUUUUCCGAAAAAUGAAAACCCAACCACUUUAAGUAUCAAAACUAAAAGUACUUAUUAGAGUGACACGCUUCAGAAUGUUAUUUGUAUUUGUGUUACAACUAGCAAUUCAAUUCAAUUAAAUCAUUGAUCAAUCAGCUGAUUAUUUUCUCAAUUAACUGAUUAUUAGAUUUUGUCUGAAAAAUGUCAGAAAAAUGCCCAUUACAACUUCCCAGAGUCAAAAGUGACACAUUAAAUGUCUUGCUUUGUCCGACCAACAGUCUAAAACCCAAAGAUAAUCAGUUUACUAUUAAAUAAGAGUCUCUGGAAUGAACUUGUUUUGGUGGAACAUUUGCACUUUUAGUAUAGUCUUGUAUAGUUCAUCCACAGCAAUCUCCAGCAAUCAGCCCCAAAACGUCCUAGUUAAUAAAUCUUAAUCAGUCCCUGAACUAAACAGGUCUUAAACAGGUACUUCUGUUGAUUUCCGCAAUGGCUGUGGAUUCAACUAAAGAAGCCUCACAGUCACUGAUGCAGUGUUUUUUUACAAUAUGACUGGGAGGAUGUUUCUGUCUAACUAUUAUCAGUAUAACAUUAGUCUAGUUCUGCUCCUGCAGUGACAUGACAGACAAAAACAUGAAGAGAUCAAUAACUUCGAAGUGGUCUGCAAAUGUAACAACUGGGUAAUGUUUUGCCAUUAAUUUGCUGAAAAUGCCAGAUUCAUAAUAUCUACUCAUGCCUUAAUAACAGUCAGACAUUUUAAUCAACUAGUGCAGUGCCCGUUAAAAACGGGCCUGUUCGGAAUAGGCCAUUGCUGCUUGCAGCUUUCUUGAGAACCACUCAUCCAAACAACUUCACACUCAACACUGUGCUUCUUUGGGUCCUGAGAAAUACACCCGCCAUGUGUCCCCUAGCACAGUAUACGCGUCAUUUGCUAACAAUUAGCUAUUUGGGACCAGGCUAUUUCUGAGAACAAAAGCGUAUAAUUCUGAAAGUUACAUCACUGAUGCCUGAAAUGUUUAAGUGUGCUACAAUGUAACAAAUCCAGUCUGUCUUUCUUCAUAUGUUCUUAAAUGUUCUGUAGUGAGCGAUGGAGAGCGAACUUUACCCAGCAUGCUGUUCUGGGGGUUAACAAUUAAUAGGGGUCCCCUCUCAACACAUGCACUACUAAUAAACAUGUCCCAUAGAUCUCAAGAGCUCACACUCAACACUGCACUUCCUUGGGUCCUCAGCAAUACACCCGCCAAGUGUGAAGUCGAUCAGAUGAAUGGUUGUCGAUAAAUUCUACAGACAGACAGAGACUCCUUCCAUUUUGGUCAGUAUAAUGGAGACAGAGCCAUGUUGUGAAGAGCAUAAAGACCCUGCAGUGGAGCGUACAGAGCCUGAGGUAAGAGAGGCCAUUUCUGAGCUUGCUGACGGGGACAGUCACACUGAGCUGCCCUGUGGGCCUGCAGAGGAAGCCGAGGAGCCGAGUGUAAAAGAGCAGACUGAAACCGAGAGCUGUGCCGGAGAGAGUAAAAGCACUGAGAUAAAAAAAACCUCUUAUCUUGAGCAAAGUGGAGACACAGAAUGCAAGGAGCGGAGGAAACUGAAGAAAACCAACAGCUGGAAGAUGGUGCGAUUCCAAGACCCAUCAAUGGAGGAAGAUGUGUUGGAGAGAGACAGCUCAGCAGAGAGUCUCUUUCCAGAAUAUGCGAUGGUGGAGUGGACUUCCUCCAGCUUUGAGGAGCUGUUCGCGGCAGACGAUUGGCAGGACAUUACAGAGGACCGGCUGUUGAGGAAGAAGGUGGUGGAUUCCAAAUCCCUGCACGCCCUGAGCCCCGCCUGGGGCGAGGAGGUUACUGUGAAGAUGCAAUGUGUCCUGGAGGACCGCACUGUGGUGGAGAAGGACGCCAGGCUUGUCUUUGUAAUCGGAGAGGGAGAUGUGACCCAAGCACUGGAGGAGUGUGUCAUGUCCAUGCAGAAGGGCGAGAUCACAUUACUGCUGGCAGAUUCACUGUAUGCCUAUGGACUUCUGGGAAGAGAGCCUGAUAUUCCACCCUGGGCUCCUUUACUCUACCAGCUCCAGCUGCUGGACAUCAGAAAGAAACCGGACCCGUUAACUCUGCCCAUCGCAGACCGCAUCCGCAUUGGCAACCAGAAACGAGAGCGAGGAAACUUUCAUUUCCAGAGGGAGGAAUACAGCAUGGCUGCCAGAGCCUAUUGUAUGGCUCUGGAUGUGCUAACCACACACAGCCUAGAUGGUGGCGACGGCGGCAUGAAGACGGAGGAGGAGGAGGUGCGAGACUACCGGGUGAAGUGUUUGAACAACCUGGCCACUGCUCAGCUCAAACUGGAGCAGUACUGCGAGGCACUGCACACCAGCCGCGACGUUCUGACCCUCGAGCCAAACAAUGUCAAGUCUCUUUACCGGGUGGGAAAGCUCCAGUCAGACAUGGGUGAAUACAAAGAGGCGAUGGAAAUGCUAAAAAGAGCAUUGAAACUGGAGCCGGCCACCAAGGCGAUCCACGUCGAGUUAUCUAAACUCGUCCAAAGGCAAUCGGGCGGCAAAGAUACUCAGGAAUGGAAAGCUAAACCAGCAGAGCUGCUUGGGGAGAAUAUCAAACCUUUUCUGAUUCCUUCUAAAAAUAAACCAUCUGGAAUUUCCUGGAAGUUUAUACUCCUAGCUUUGGUUGUGGCCUUGGGCAGCUUAGUGACAUCAAUGAUCCUGACUGCAAGAAACUGAAAUCCUCAACAGGAAGCACUUUGAAAAGCCUAAUCACCAUCGUCAUCAUCAGCAAAGUUUGGGCUCCAUUUUUCGUUAGUUCACUUGAAAAAAAGUUUUCUACUGUGAAGAUGAGAAGGUAUGCAACGCAGCCUAAAGUUGUAUUAAUGGUAGAACAAAGUUUCACUGAAAAGGUGU